UGGCUCCGAGCAGGCUGAGUGACCUCUCCCUUGAUGAUGUUUCAAGGAGUUUUGGAAAUAUAUCCGCCACUGAGAAAUACUUGAGGUUGGCUGUAAUAUGAAGCCACUCUUCAGGUCAUGUCACAUAAACAGAAAAUAAACUGCCUGCUCUUACAAUAGAGAUUGAGGCUACACCAUGCUGUCGCCUGCACAGGAAUCGGCACUGAGCUGGAGACUUGCACUAGGAGUGAUACACAGGACCGUACUGCUGCUAAUGGUUAUCCAGGGGUCAGCUUUACAACACGCGUACACAGUUAUCAAUGAGAACUGCCCCGGUGCUGAGUGGAACAUCAUGUGUCGUGGUUGCUGUGAGUAUGGUCAGAUUAGCUGCAAGUGUCCCAGCCAGGGGGAAGUGGUUGGCUACGCCGUGCCGUGCUGCCGGAAUGCAGAAAACGAGUGUGAUCCCUGCAUCUUCCACCCAGGCUGCAGUAUAUUUGAGAACUGUAAGCACUGCCACAACGGAACCUGGGCUACCCGGGAUGAUUUCUUUAUCAAGGGGAAGUACUGCUCUGAGUGCAGGAGAGGCUGGUCAGGAGGAGGCUGCAUGAAAUGUGGUGGAGUUAUUAAUGCACCAAGAGGUGAAAUUGUGCUUGAGAGCUAUCCCAUCAAUGCUCACUGUGAAUGGACAGUGAAUGUUGAUCCCAAAUUCACCAUUCAUUUAAGGUUUAUAAUGCUCAGCCUGGAGUUCGAUUACAGCUGUCGCUAUGACUAUGUGGAGAUACGGGACGGGGACAGCAUUGACUCUCGUGUGAUUGGUAGAUUCUGUGGAAAUGGGAGGCCUGCUACAAUCAGGAGCACCGGAAGCUCUCUACACAUCCUCUUCGAGUCGGAUGGAUAUAAAAGCUUUGAUGGGUUUCACAUCACUUUUGAAGAAAAUUCUGCCUGCUUGUCCUCGCCCUGCCUCCAUGACGGGACAUGUCUCCUGGACACCGCUCUCUCCUUUAGGUGUGCCUGCCUUGCUGGCUAUACAGGCAAACAGUGCGAGAACAUGGUGAUGUGCAGGACCCCUCCGGUACCAGUCAAUGGAAUGAGGGAGGGAAAUGACCUCCGAUUCGGGGGGCAGGUGACCUUUCGCUGUGACCCCGGCUUCACCCUCAUCGGUACUCCCAUGGCCACUUGUCAGCUGGAUGGUACCUGGAGCACUGAGCCACCACGCUGCGUCCCUGAGAAGAAGCAAUGUGCUGACCCCGGGAGGCCUCUGAAUGGCUUCCACCUGCUUGUGUUUGGCCCAGGAGACACCCUCAUAGCUGUGCAGUUCUUCUGUAACAGCUCCUACACCCUGAGUGGAAAUGUUCAGCGCACCUGCCAACCUGAGGGGACGUGGAGCGGCACGCAACCCCAGUGUGUCAAAGUCCCUGAGAAGAAGCAAUGUGGUGAUCCAGGGAGGCCCCUGCAUGGCUUUUAUCUGCUGGCGUUGGGCUCAGGAGGGGAGCCCAUCGGCGCCCGCUUCUUCUGUAACAACUCGUACAGCCUAAGUGGAAAUGCCCAGCGCACCUGCCAGCCUGAUGGGACAUGGAGUGGCAAACUGCCCCAAUGUAUCAGAGCUUGUCGAGAACCCAAGGUCUCUGACCUGGUGAGACAGAAGGUCUUGGCCCCACAACUCCCCUUCAGGAAUACCCCCUUGCACAAACUCUACUCCUCAUCCCCCACCCUGGCAAAGCACCAGAAACAGGUCCUCCCAAGCAAGGCCCCGCCUGUGCUGGAGGAGCUUGCCCCUGGUUUCCACCACGUCUACACCCAGCUGCAGUACGAGUGCACCUCCCCCUUCUACCAGCACACCGGGAGCACCAGACGCAUCUGCCUCAAAACGGGCAAGUGGAGUGGCCGCCAUGCCACCUGCCUUCCAGUUUGUGGUAAACUCCCAAACUUCAACCUCCAGAAGCUGGCUGACACCCAGUGGCCCUGGCUGGCAGCCGUGUAUCGGCGCUCCGCCACGGGCUUCAAGGACGAGAGUAUCAAGCAGGACACUUGGCAGCUGAUCUGUAGCGGGGCUCUCAUUAACCAGCGCAGUGUCCUGGUGGCAGCCCACUGUGUCACAGAACUUGGCAAACUUAACGUCAUCAAGGCAGCUGAUAUCCGUGUGCUUGUGGGCAAACACCACCAAAGUGACACCAAGGAGCUCAAGAGCCAGCAGCAACUGCAGAUCUCUGCCAUCCUGGUCCACCCUAACUAUGACCCCUUGGUACUGGACUCGGACCUGGCGUUGCUCAAGCUGCUGGACAAGGCCCGGCUUAGCGAGAAAGUGCAGCCUGCCUGCCUUCCUGGGUCCCACAAUGGGGAGGGCACUGAGCCUCAGGGCUUUGUCACUGGAUGGUCCAUCCUGAGUCACGAGAAUGAGACUGUGCGUGUGGGCGCCAUUGAGCUGGGUGACGCCGUGGCAUGCGAGAGUCAGUAUGCACAGAAUGGAAUCUCAGUGAGUGUCUCCGACAACAUGUUCUGCGCCAAGGAACACCCUCAUGGCUUCUCCAACAUCUGCCCCUCCGACACUGGGGGCAUUGCUGUGGUGAGAGCCACCUCAUCCUCCUCUCCAGGCGGGCAGCAGCAAUCCGGGGUGGUCUGGCGUCUGUUAGGACUUGUGAGCUGGGGAUAUGAACAAGCCUGCACCCCCGGGCUUUACACAGCAUACACAAGAGUCGCCAGUUUCAAGGACUGGAUAGAGAAGAACAUGAAAUAAUAAGACCUUCUUUCUCCUAUAAUAUGUCUGCGUGGACUGGUGUUUAUUCCUGUCCACAGACUACAAGGAGGCAUGAUACAACCACAGAGGAGAUCAGGUAUGACUCUAGCUUUAGUACCAACAGACCUGCUUCUGUUUACAACAAAAAAGAUGCUUAGAGAUAAGUUCUAGAAGCCUGCACAUUGACCACAGUGGUGACCAUGAUUUUUGCACCACCUUAAAUUCAGCCAUUUUUUACAAUUGGUGUUUUAUCACCUAAACAUUAUUUAAGGUAUAGCUACAGGGCAAAUAAUCUACAGAUUCUGAGGGCUAUGCUAUUAUGACCCUGCAUUUUGUUUUAGGAAUAUUCAAUAGUGCAAAAUACCAAGAUAGUUACAAAGAGGAGGCCAUUCAGUACAUACUUUCCAAGUGACAUGGUGGGUCCCAGAUAAAAUAAACAUUGAGUAGUACUGAAAUGAGUCUAAUGAAGACUUUAGCAUACCAUUAGUACAAGCAACAGUAUCACUUGUCUCUUAUGUUGUAGACCCUUUGAUUAAUUUUUAGUUUUUACGUUUGUAAUUGAGGAUAUGCAUAUAUUUAAUUUCUGAUGAACUAAAGUUUCUGCUGCUUCCAGUUUCCUAUUCCCUUCUAGUUCUUUAGUCAAACCACCUGGAUCUGGGAGAGGAGGAGGGUGGUGGUGGCGAUAAUCUUGCUUAAGCUGGUAAUAAGUAACAAUGUUUAAAAAUGCUGUUGUCCAUUGAACUGGUUUGGAACAAUUUUGUGGGUGUUUUCAAAUUUUUGUAAUCAAUGCUUUAUAAUGCAAAUGUUACAUCUCACUUUAGUUUAUUAAAUCUAGCACAGUAAAAAAAAAAAUCUGUACCAGUUAAUACAUAUUCUGGUGGUUAAACUUGUUAAUAGACUGAAAGGUAAAAAUGAUCCUGCCCUGGCUAUUUUAUUGCAAAAAAAUAAAAAAUAAAAAGCUACCUCACUUUUGAUACUGAAGUGGCGUUCUGGUUCAAACAUCAUGAGUGAAAUGUGCCUUUCAAUAUAGUCUUUACUAAAGGGUGUGUGUCAUACAGUAUGCCUGAAACUUUAAGAUACGUUGAUUAUAUUAUACCAGGGCUUCAAUUUCAGUGUGGGAUUGCGGGAAUCAAGCAUUUUCCAAGUUGCUCCCGCAUAUCUACAAUCUUUAGUGUGGGAAAAUCCAGCAUUGAUAUUUUAAGACACCAAGCUACUGUAUUUUUCACACAAUUUAGAAUGCCUGAAACACUACAACAAUCU